AACCCGGAAGUGACCCUUGUACCGGAUUGUUCUUAGUGUUUAGCGUUCAAUCAUGGAGGCGGCACGUGGGUGGCUGGUGCCAACAAUCCUACCGGAGCACUGCUUCGAUGAGUUCUUCCUGAAAUUCAACGUGUUAGAUGUUCCCUGCCUGAAGAUGGCGCUAAGUAAGGUGCUGGGCUUUGGGAUCAUCGCUGGCUCCAUGAUGGUCAAGGUACCACAGAUAGUGAAGCUCAUCAGGGCUGGUACUGCUGAAGGUCUCAGUUUCAAGUCCAUUCUGCUGGAGCUGCUGGCACUGAUGGGCACCAUGGUGUACAGCAUCACCCACGGGUUUCCAUUCAGCACCUGGGGGGAAGUCCUGUUCCUCAUGCUACAGACUCUCACAAUCGGAUUCCUUAUUCAGUAUCUAGGGGGCCGCACAACUAUGGGUAUCUUGUUCCUCGGAGGCUUCUUCUCUCUGCUGGCCCUUUCCCUGUCUCCUGUGAUCCCCAUGGCUAUGAUUACAGCUAUGCAAGCCACUAAUGUACCGGCCAUUGUUAUCAGUAGGUUGAUUCAGGCCACCACAAACUACAGGAAUGGCCACACUGGGCAACUCUCUGCCAUCACGGUGUUGCUGCUGUUUGUCGGCUCGUUGGCGCGGAUAUUUACCUGCGUACAGGAGACCAACGACUCUCUCAUGAUGGUCACCUACAUCGUGUCGUCCGCCUGCAACGGGCUCAUUGUGGCCCAACUGCUCUACUACUGGAACGUGCGGCCCCCCGGGAAGCCCAAACCUCAGCACAGGAAGAAGAAAAAGAACUGAUUGCUCCGUGUUCUCAUUCCGUCCUGCUGGGCCUUCAUUCUGUCUCACUCCAAUCACCUCCAUCUGCACAGAACCAUCGUUACUUCUGUCUGUAAUUAGUAAAGACUUUUUCAUUUUU